UUUAGUUUCGUGGCUUCUCUUUAUCAUUUUAAUUACUAAGAAACGAACACGUUCUUCUUUUCACGGAUAAAUCUCUUUACAAGAAUAGACUUAUUGUUUAAUUUGAUUUCGGUUGUCCCACUCUGUUUAAUACUUCUUUGAAACGUUGUCUAAUAUGGUGGACACAACGAUAAAUUAUAACCCUAAUACCCAAGAAACAAAAUUGUUUAAUGAUAAAAAUUAUGAUAAAAAUUAUGAAAUAUUAUCAGUACGUAAAGCUGCUGAAAUUUUUUCUACCGUUUCAAAGGGUAAUAUUGAUAAAGAUUUGAAGAAAUCUUGUAAUGAUGAUAAAGAAAAAUCUGGAUUUGUGGGUUACUUGAAAGAUGUUGGUUGGAAUCUAUUGGGUCCAAAUAAGGUUGAACCUUCUUAUAAAACUUCAAUAUCGCCUCCUCGUGAUAUCAAAAUUGUUCAAUCUAUAAAAGAUCCAAUAGUAAAAAAACCUCCAAGAAAGAAAAGUUUAACUAGAGCAAAAGCUAUUGAAAGAGAAGAACAUCUCAUUUCUCCAAUUAACAUAUAUAUUGAACAUCGAGAUCAUCUUGAACAAUAUAAAAGGGCUCGUGUAAAUUUGGAUAUCUUGAAAGAAGAAAUUUAUGUUCCAAAAAAUCAAAAUCAUCAAGUCAUGAAACCAUUACCGAAUCCAUGUGGAUUAUUAGAUAUCAAAUUUUUUCUAAACAUUGGUUAUGGUGGUGAUGUUAUUGGAUUAGGUAAUAAUAUGUGGGGAAUAGUAUAGGAAUUAAUUAUAAGAAUUUAGAUUUUUAACUCUCUUGAUGAGGAACAAAAAAAAUGAAUGAAUAUAGAAAUUCCUAAAUUUGUUCCCUUAAUAAAUUACACUGGUUGUUAUUAAAUAAUUCACGUUAUUUCAAUGUAUAAUUAGAUAUUUUUAGUUUCGUUAUAUUUUGAACAAUUUUUUAUUAUUUGUAUUAUAAUU